AUGGGAGCGAAGCGCUCUCGAGGGCGGCCGAAACUGACGGUGCCAACAGUGGCGACAAACUCUACGCCGGCGGCGAGUCAAUCGGAGGCGACAUCAGAGAAGCAUGUAGAUGAUGAGAAAUUGAACAUAAGUCAAGACGGAAAAGCAACUCAAGGAGUAAAUGUUGAAACCCUAACGAAGACCAAAGAGGAACCUGAACAGAGACGAUUAUGGGUUGAUGUUAUCAAUGAUAAUCGGAAUCCUGCAAAAGGGAGAACUAUAGAGUAUAUUGCACCGAUGGUGACUGAUGGUAAAAUUGAAGUUGAGAUCAAUGAUGACGAUGUAAUAUCGGAACUCCAAUUAUGGGAAAAUGCUUUGAUCCUGUAUGUGCUCGGGGCUGAUCUGAGUAUGCACGCUAUCAAGAAUUUUAUGCAAAAGGUAUGGAACUUUGUUCAAUUACCAGAUUUAUACUAUCAUGAUGAGGGAUAUUUCAUACUACGAUUCAAGGAUUCUGAGGAUAUGGACUCGGUUUUGAUGAAGGGACCGUAUUCCAUUCGAGGUAUGCAUGUGCGGAUCAAAGAAUGGAACCCUGAAUUCAAUCUUAAGAAGGAUUUGAUGCGAACUAUCCCUAUCUGGAUUAAGCUUCCAAUGCUCCCUCUGCAACUUUGGGGAGCCUCAAGCCUUAAUAAGAUAGGGAGUGCCUUAGGAACCCCCUUGGUGACGGAUGAAUGUACGAAUCAUAAAUUGACAGUAUCCUAUUCCCGAAUUUUGGUUGAGGUGGACAUUACCAAGAAAUUGCCCAAUGAGAUAACUAUCAAGGAUAGCAGAGGUCAGAAAAAGAAACAAGUGGUGGAGUAUGAAUGGCGACCUAAAUAUUGUGACAUGUGCCAGCAAGUAGGACACCAGUGUGCUGAAAAACCAAGAGUUAAACAAUGGAAGCCAAAAAUGCCUGAGGAGAAGAAAUCUGAACCAAUCAUUGAGUUAAUGCAUACUCCAAAGGAACCAAGUAUUGAGGUCAUGACUACCCCAAAAGACAGUCAUAAGGAGAGUGCUGAAGCAGUUGAGGAGAAGGAAUGGACAAAAGUUCAGAAAGCUGCGAGAGAUAAAGGUAAGGGUCACUUGUUCCCUGAAACAUCACAGCAAUUGAAUUGUUUAAAUGGUUUUGAUGCACUGGGGGCUUUGAUUGACCACCAUGUGGCCGCUGAGAUUAUAAUACUUCUUGAGACUAGAGUGAAAAAGAGUAAUGCUAAGACAAUAAGAGAGAAACUGCACUGGAAGGGUAGCUUUAUUGAUAACUAUGAUCAUCAUGCUAAUGGUAGAAUAAGGCUAUAUUGGGAUAAUAAUAAAGUUGACAUUCAACAUGUAAGUAGCUCUGAACAAUAUAUUCAUUGUGGUGUUUAUGAUAUGAUGGGGGGAUUCAAAUUUUGGUUGACUGCCAUUUAUGCUUUGAAUCAGUUGGAACAUAGGAAAAGAUUAUGGAGGAAGAAGAUUAACUUGCAGAAACAGUUCAAGGGGUCUUGGUGUGCAGUGGGAGACUAUAAUAAUGUUGCUAAUGCAAAUGGUAGGAUUGGUGGUAAAAUGGUGGUAGAAGCUGAAUAUAUGGAUUAUAAUGAUAUGCUUCGAAUCACAGGGCUAUGUGAAAUGGAUAGUAAGGGUGAUUUUUUCACAUGGUCUAAUAAGCAAUGUGCUAAUCCAAUAUAUUCAAGAAUUGACAGGAUUAUUGCUAAUGUGGAGUGGUUGCAAGACAAUGGUAAUCUCCAACUGAAUGUGCUAUCUCCUCACAUUUCUGAUCACUCUCUAUUGUAUUUGAGUGAUCCCAUAAGGCCUAGACAAAGAAAGAGGCCUUUUAGAUUUUGCAAUAGCUGGACUAGUAUUGAGGGUUUUCAGGAAGCUGUUAAGGUUAGCUGGACCAAACCUAUGACUGGUAGACCUAUGGAGGUUCUAUGGAAGAAAUUAGCUAGGCUCCAACCUGUUCUCAGAACCUUGAAUAAGCCUAUGACUGACAUGCAUAUGAAGAUUGCUGAAGCCAGGAAUAAGCUUGAGCUGGCUUAUAAUGACCUCAGGAAUCACCAAAUGGAAGCUCACAUAAUGGAGAGGAUUAAAAUUUGCACUGAAGAUUUGAUUAAAUGGAAUGACAUGGAGGCAACUAGUCUGAUGCAAAGAACCAAGAUAAACUGGAUAAAGAUGGGGGAUGAGAAUAACACCUACUUCCAAGCUUAUCUGAAGGCUCGUGAUAAUACUAAAAGUAUUCAAUACCUUCAAAAAGAGGAUGGGAGUACUGUGACUUCCCAAUAG